AUGUAUAUCACUCUCUACUACCUCAUCACCCGGCUCCUUGACUCCCUUCGCUCGGUCAGGGACCACUUCCUCUCCCUUUGCCCCACCAUGCUCACCGUUGACCUCCUCGAGGAGCGCCUCCUAGCAGCUGAGAAGAGUAUAGUCGCUGUAGGAGCCUCUCGUGGUGACCCUCGUGCCCCUUUCUUUGAGGGGUGCUCCCUCGUUCCCCUUUUGCCUUCUGUUGCCUCUGCUGCUGCCUUCGACCUCGUUGGCACCGAGUCGGUCGGCGCUGCGUCUGCUCCUAGUGGGAGGUGCCGCAGCGGCAGGAGCAAGGCGGGCAAGGGUGCUGGAGGAGACGGCGGGGGCGGCGGUGGUGGCGGUGGAGGCGGCGGAGGGGGUGGGGGUGGAGGUGGGGGUGGUGGCGGGAGUGGGGGCUUCGGUGGCGGCAGUGGAGUUGAAGGCGGCGGAGGCAGCGGUUGUGGGGGUGGAGGUGGCGGCGGCGGCGGUGGGGGUGGCGGCGGCGGUGGUGCUGGUCGGGGUGGCACUGUGCAGCGGGGAGGCUUUGGCGGUGGGCAGCGCCAGCAGCAGCAGCGCCCUCGUGAGACCCUGUCGCCCGAGCAGCUUCGUGAGUGGUACGUUGGGCGUGGGAUGUCUGGGGGUGCUGGUCCCUGCGCUUACGUUCUCCGCACCGGCGACCGCAGUGGGGAGACUGUUGAGGGUGACUGUUACCUGUGUGCUCCGCCCGACCCGGACAUUGAGGCUGCUGCUCUAGGUGCUGGUGAGUCUGCUACUCCAGGUGCUGGUGAGACUGCCCCCCCAGGUACUGUCGGCCGGUGGCAGUCUCUCUAG